GUAAAAGCAAGAACUUCAAUCAGAGUGACCAACACAUAUUUACUGAAGCCAUGCAGAGUACUAUCGUCAUUUUUGUUGUCUGUUUUUGGUCUUUGUGCUAUGCACAACAUUGUCCACAGUAUGCUGAAACACCUGAAUUUACAGAUACAGGUGCAGCACACUGUUCUACUGAAACUCAUCAGAAAGACUUCAGCGAUGUUGUGAUAAAGAGUUUGUGUGGAAAACCAAAGGAUGUAAUUAUUGAUAUUUUAUCAGAAGAUAAAUCAUACACUUAUUUACCUUCAAAAGUAUCUGUGAAAAGAUGUGAUGGACAUUGUCUGACGGGCACAAUAUGUAUUCCAAGAAAGAAAAAAAUGACACCAAUUGCAGUAAGACAUAACGAACGAAACACUGGUUAUGUAACUUGUGGGUACGUGCAAAUAGAAGAACAUGUCUCCUGCAAAUGUGGUUGUCCAGUAAUGCCAGGUGACUACAAUGACUUACAGGAAUACAGUGCAAGUGACUGUCUGUGUAACUGCAUUAAUGGCAGGAAGCCUGAAGACUGUGUUAAGCCAAAGGACAUGUGGAAUAUGGAUAAAUGUGAAUGUGAAUGAAUAAACAAUGAAGAGUCUUUAAACUGA